AUGGAAGUCUGGCCGCUUAUUCUGUGCAUUCACCUUCAAAUGCAGUCACUUUGCCUCGCGCUUUUCACAUCUUCCUCAGCUACUGUUAGUCCCGAGACUCGAAACUUCCCCUGCCGUUUCCACCGCUCAGAUGUUACGCACUGCGCCAGUCAAUACCAUAUCGCCCGCAUCCCUGACGAGAUGCAAAGCUACGGAUUUGGCUUUGGCUCGGUGGAUGAUACCGAAACAAUGUGCAAGUCAAAGUGGCACUUAUAUGUACAAGUGUGCAUAGGCGAGCGGGUGCUGCAGCGCUGUCGCGAAAAUGGAGCCCCUGAGUUCCAAAUUUCAAUGUGGCAAUUCAUCUUUGAUUCUCGACCUCAUGAGAGGGCUGCUAUAUACCUCUGUAAACCUCAUAACAUGAAAAUUUUUCGAACCCACCGAGAACAGUGUUACAAGCCUCACGAGGCCAGCGCGAGUAUUUGCUCGCAGAGGCAGUCGAAGGAGUUGGCGAGGGCGACAACACUUCUAGCGUCCCAGUCGGAGUAUGUCUAUCGCGACGACGGCCGCAGAGGCUCUGGCAUCGCGCGCACCUCAGCCGCUGACUACGUGGCCCACAUCCAACAGCAAAUAUCUGCUGCUCACUGUGAGUAA